CGCUCAAGAAGACUGCCAUGAAAUUUGACUAGUUUGCCUAUUUGUGAAAUUUCAUCCGAGAACUUUAUACAUUUAAACGUUAUUUUCUGGUCCUGAGUGGAGUAGACAUGGCUGACCAGGAAACUGGGACCAAUGGGCUGGGUAAGAGGGCUGCAGCAGGUGCUGCGGUUUUCAAAGUGCGUGAGGCUGCAAUGGCGAUUCUUCAAAACGAAUCUACUGGUAACCUGAAAGUACAAAAACGGAUUGCCCCAUCGACUCCUUUAAUUGUACCAGAACCUUCCCUGAAGCCGUACAAGCGGCCACCCACUCUGCUAUUGCCACCUUCGUACAGCGCCAAUCCAGUUGGAGGAUUUACCUGUGAGGUGUGCGGCCAGAACUACUUCUCUUUUCCUCAGAUGGUGAGACACAAACAGUUCCAUGACGAAGAAAGGCCCUUUCCCUGUGGUGUGUGUGGGAAACGUUUCCUGAGCCGCAGCCACUACACUGAGCACCAGCGUGUUCACACUGGGGAGCGCCCCUUUCCCUGCGACCAGUGUGAGCGCUCGUUCACCACACACCACAACCUGAAGCGUCACCAAACCAUCCAUGCCAAAGAAGAGGCGUACCGCUGCCGGAAAUGUGGGGUGCUCUUCUGCCAGCGUCACGAGUACCCCAGGGGCAUACCCAGACCCGACCUCGAGCCUCGACCUGGGUUUGAGUCCACGUCCACGAUGCAACCAACACCUCCCAUUCAGGUCACACUCACACCCAAGCAGCUUAAGAAGCUUAACAAGAAGCUCAACAAGAAGCUUAAUAAGAAGAGCCAUGAUCUCUCAACUAAACAUGAUCAUUCUAAAAAGAAGAAAAAGAGGAGUAGAGUCAAACAUCCAGGCCCAGCAGAGAAAGUUAAUUAUGUGCGUCAAGAGGAACUUUGGCCUGUGUUGUUAACUAAAGGAGAAAAAUUGCAAAAAGUUGCUUAUGACAUUGAGGUUAUUAUAUGAUCCCAAAUGAUGAUAAAACAAAUGGGAUAAUUAGUCCGAUCAUGAUUUUAAAAAAUAUGUUUAUUUUGUUUCAUCUCCACCGAUGUGGACGCUGUUUCAGAAAGGAGUUAUACCAUGAAACACUUGUUUUGUUUCAUCUCCACCGAUGUGGACGCUGUUUCAGAAAGGAGUUAUACCAUGAAACACUUGUUUUGUUUCAUCUCCACCGAUGUGGACGCUGUUUCAGAAAGGAGUUAUACCUUGAAACACUUGUUUUGCCUCGCAUCAUGAUUUUGGUAUUUAUUCCUUCAUGAGUUUGAGAAAAUAACUUUCCACAAUUGAUCAUGAUUUUGAAACAUUCUGUCAAGCAUUUCAAGUGAUUAACUGUCCUCUGAAAUGUUAUGGUUUUGCUUUUGAGAUCUUGACUAUUUUUUUGUAUUAGAAUAGAAUAUAUACAUUUUUGAGUUAUGAUUCAUUCAGUUCUUUUGAUCCAUUGCCAUGUAAGGGCUAGUGUCCAUGCAUUAUUAAAUGACAUGCUAUUAAACUAGUUAACUCCUCUGAUGUGGCACAUCAAAAUGUAUUUCCAUAUCAAAUAAUGUUCAUCUGCUUUUUAGAUUAUGUUCAAAAAGGCCUGUAGGGUUUCUCUCUGGGCCUUAACCAUUGAGUUGGCCAGAAAUUGAACUUCACCAAUUUAUGUACGCAUAAAUAAUCAGAUGCAUUGCUGUUGAUUAAUUACAAAAUGUACCUGUCAUAAGAACAAGUGAAUCCCUAUAUCUGUAGUCUGUGUAAUGUGGACAGUGUUGUUAAAUUUGGGUAACAAAGUCUAUGUAUGUCGAAAUGAUACGUCUCCAGUUGAAUUCUGCAUAACUACCUCAGGCUGAUUGUA